GAGGUUCACCAGCAGUGCACGACAUCCCACACCCUCUGCCGUCACGACAACCAGAUCGGCAAGCACACACAUCUCCGACGAGCAGCCAAGCGCCCGAAUAUCCGCACAUAUACACUGACGCCCUUUCGUCCCGCCCGCCCAGUUUGGGACCAAACCCUUCAACAUGGCGUAUCCUGUGACGAAAGCAGCCCAGCAAGUCGUGAAGGAGCUCCACGGAGUCGUUGUAUCAGCGGGGCUCAUGCAGAAGACUGUCAAAGUACGCGUUGGCGGGCAAAAAUACAACCGCAAGGUUCAAAAGAUGUUUACGACCCCCAAAAGCUAUCUCGUACACGACCCAAACUCUUCUCUGCGCACCGGUGAUGUUGUCUCGAUCAUGCCCGGCUGGCCGACAUCUCAGCAUAAGCGACAUGUUGUGAAACAAAUCAUUGCUCCGUUCGGAAUCCCCAUUGAGGACCGACCCCCUGUGCCAUCUGCAGAAGAGCGGAUAGCUCUGCGAGACCAAAAGAAGGCCGAGAAGGACGUGCGAAGGGAGUCUAGGAGAAAUGAAGCUAGAGAGGCGAAAUUGCUCGAGAAGGCAGAGCGACUCCGAGCUCGCAACGAAGAGGCGCACGCUGAUGCUUCGUGAGCAGGGGAGGUGUUGGGUGGUCUUAGUUGACCGGGGUUGACAGCACUCACGCUCGGCGUACAUAUGUCAGCUCAUGUACACACCCCUAGCAGAGCGAUGAUGAAGGCUUUGCUUCAGCAUUGACGCCGGUACUUUGCGUAGGGCUGCUUGUAUAUGUACAUUCUGUAUACCAGUGUAUAUCAUAGAAAGACUCUGGAACCAUCUCCAGCCUCGGAUCCAUUUGCGCCGUCAUAGCCCCAGAACUCCAGUGCACCA